GAAUGACCUUAGAUGAAUUUACUUUUUAUGUACCAGUAAUUCAAGGCUGUAUCUAGGUUCACGUUUUUGAACACAACUUGAGGAUGAUGAAAAGUUAUCCAAGCGUAUGUUUACUGCUGUAUAAUGUUCACCAUAAAAUAAACACUUAUAAAUGAGGUAUAUUGGCUGAACUUGAUUUCGAUUUCUUAGAACAACAUUUCAUUUUUGAAGUAUAAGUGAAUUUCCCAUAAGAGCAUCAUAUGGCGUGGCCAGGUUUUUUAUCUUUUUUAUUUUCGCUUUUAAACACGUUGUUGUUCCAAAAUGAUCCAUUCUUGGGACAAACUGGCGAGCCACUCCUUGUAAUAAGAACAACACCAGCGCCAAACCUCACACAGGGAGUACUUAUUGACUGGACUCGACCACCUGGUACUAUUCUAACUGAUUGCAUUGCUAUACGUUCGCAAAUUACAGUUAAUUUACAAGACGAGAAAAACAAUAUAAACGAGAGCACAUCCGUUAAUGCUGUACCAGAAGAUUUGAUCUUUCUAAAUUCCUCUUGUGAAGAUAAAUUCCAAUUCGUGUCGCUUCAAUGGACACCAACUAAUGGCAAAACCAACUGGAGUCUUAUAUUUCAUUUUGCCAAAGACGAAGAAAGGUAUACUUUAGAGUCAGUGAAGCUUAUAUAUGCCCUCAAUAAUUCAGCUACCGAAAAUGAAGCUGCCACAGAUACAUCUAUGUUCAGUGUCCCCGUUGGUGCGUAUUUCACAUGUGACGAUGAAAUACAUAAGGAAUUAUCAGGGAACGAUGGACAAGAUGUGAAAAUUGAUAUUUAUUUUAAUAAUUCAAGUAUGGAAGCGUUCAAACUUUACAAUAGAGCAGAAUUCGAAAGCCAUGCCGUAGACUGUCCAGGUAGCAGACCAUGGCAGUAUAAAGUUCUAUUGGUUGUAUGCACUACAUUGCUUGCCACAUGUAUUUUUGUAUUCGUGACAUAUCUAAUCAUUCGCCGUGGAAAACAAACAACUUAUGAACCAAUGAAAUAGUAUUAAAGAUCCACGAAGAUGCAUAUAUAUAAAUAUUGUUUAGACGUGCUUUGUUACUUUCUGUUUUGUGAAUUCGCCUCCUGUUUAAAAGUCGUUACUUUGGUUCCUUUUGUUAUUCUUUUCUAUUUCAUCAUGAACAAAGAAAAAAUGCAUAUUUUCAGGAUCAUGUUUACUGGACUAAGUUUUCAUUUCCACUUAAUUAAAUAGGUAACAAGUUGUGAGAAUUUCUACUCCUGAUUUAAGGUUUAAUAUUCUAUGUACAUAAUCCUUCACAUUCGAUUUUCUGACUUCAAUAAGAACUAACUUAUGCCUGUCAUAUUUAAUAUAUUCGACUUUUCUAAUUAUUAAUGAUAAUAUGUUGUAACUUUUGUAAAUAUGACGGCUUUUUUUGUAUAUUGGCGUACCUGAAAUAAAC